CCUGCCCUGGCUGUCGCCUCACCGCCACCAUCUGCAAUAAUUCUACCACUUUCGCCUCCACCUCCAUCACCUCCGCCACCAUCACCUGGUCCACCAUCACCUCCACCACCACCAUCUCUCUGCAUGCACCAUCAUACUACUUCUACCACCUUUGCCUCCACCAUCACCUCCAACUCCACCACCACCUCUACCUCUACCAUCACCUCCACCUCUACCUCCACUAUCACCUCCACCUCUAUCUCCACCAUCACCUCCACCACCACCUCCACCACCAUCUCCACCUCCACCUCUACCAUGACCUCCACUUCCACCACCAUCUCCACCUCCACCACCAUCUCCACCUGCACUACCACCUCCACCAUCACCUCCACCUCCACCAUCACCUCCACCUUCACCACCACCACAUCACCACCAUCUCUACCUCCACCAUCACCUCCAGAAUGA